UUUUAAUCACAGACAACAAUCAGGCAAAAAAAAAGCCCUUUUUUUUUAUCGUUUGCAAUCGCACAUGGCAACCAGCACAGAGGACAUUAUCAAAACCAAACGCGCUUUGCAAAAGGCUAUUGAUAAUGGAAGUCCACAGGACAUUCUCGAUAUUCUAAACCAAUUGGGCAAAGUUACGGCUACCCAGGAUAUGCUUCGGAAAACGGACGUUGGCAAAAUCUUGGGCAAGUUGAGAACCAAUGCCGAUGUUGCUAUCUCGCAAAAGGCAAAAGAUAUCGUCAAAAAAUGGAAGGAUGAUGUUGUCUUGGCGACCAAGGCGAAAUCAGCCGCCACGAAGCCAGCAGCACCAGCAACUUCUAACAGCACAACCACCUCAACAACGUCGCCAUCAUCCAACGCUAACUCGCAACGCACGUCCGCAGCGUCAUCACCGAAAACACCCACGACGGAAUCCGGACCUCCUCGAACAAUUAAAUCCGACGAGAUCAAAUUCGAAUCCACCGGCAGCGGUCCCAGAGAUAAGACCGUUGAGCUAAUGUAUGGUGCAGUUGCUUUAGGCAGUUAUGCAGAUUCAGAACUGUUGCUCAAGAGAGCAAUGGCAAUCGAAAAGGCGGUAUUCCAUGAAUUCCAAGGUGUCAAUGACGGUUACAAGAACAAGGUACGAUCACUAGCACUCAAUCUAAAGAGCAAAAGCAACCCUGGAUUGCGGGAAAGCGUCGUCAGUGGCGAAUUGCCUGUACACAAGCUGUGCACCAUGAGCAAAGAGGACAUGGCCUCUGAAGAGUCCAAGGCACGGGACAGAAAGCUGGCGGAAGAGGCACUGUUCAACGCGAGAGGCGCUGGCUCGGCUCAAGCUGAAACGGACAUGUUCAUGUGUGGCAAGUGCAAAGGUCGGAGGUGCACUUACUUCCAGAUGCAGACUCGCAGUGCUGAUGAGCCGAUGACCACAUUUGUCACCUGUGUUUCAUGUGGUAACCACUGGAAGUUUUGUUGAUCCAAGCUUCCAAAUUAGUAUCGGUUACCCCACGCUUUUUAUGUUCUUAUUUUUUCAUCUUCUUCUUUAAGCAUGAUGCGCAAACGCUAAUAAAAAUCACCUCACACAUAACAAGUAUC